AUAUAUAAAUAUAAAAUGUAAACGUGUCAAUGAUAGGUAUCAGAGUGCCAACAAACACCAACAAAUUUAAAAGAUAUUAAACAAAAAAAAAAAAAAAUGAGUUUAUAUUAAAAAUAAUAACUGCAGCUAUAUACCUAUUUGUUUUAUUUAUUUAUUAUUUUUUUUGAAAUUAAAUUUAGUAAUAAAAUAUAUUUUUUAAAAAAUGAGAAUUGUACAGUUAAAAAGGAGCCGGAUGAUAAGCAUCUUAAUUGGAUUGGCUGUAACAGUAUUGAUACUUCAUGCUUUAUAUUCAUUUACCUUUGAUGAUCAUGUUAAAAAUGUUAAAAAUUAUUGGUCUAAAAGAGUUUCAAGUAAACAGAUGACAAAAUUUGUUCAUGAUUUGGGUAAUUUUGAGCCAAAAAAUAUUGAAAUAAAACAAGGUCCAGGUGAACAGGGUAAAGCUCAUGUACUUCGUGAUGAUCAACAAAAUGAUGUACAACAAUCAGAAUCAGAUUAUGGUAUGAAUAUGGUAUGUUCAGAUGAAAUAUCAUUAGACAGAACAAUACCAGAUAUGAGAAAUAAAGAAUGUAAACAUUGGAAUUAUCCAACAAGUCUUCCAAAAACAUCAGUUAUUAUUGUAUUUCAUAAUGAAGGAUGGUCAGUAUUAAUGAGAACAGUACACAGUGUUAUUAAUCGUACACCAGAUGAAUUUUUACAAGAAAUUUUGCUAGUUGAUGAUUUUUCAGAUAAAGAAAAUUUAAAAUCUGAAUUAGAUAAUUAUAUUGAAAAAUGGAAUGGUAAAGUACGUAUUAUUAGAAAUAAUAAACGUCAAGGUUUAAUAAGAACAAGAUCACAUGGUGCUAGAAAAGCACAUGGUGAAGUUAUUGUAUUUCUUGAUGCACAUUGUGAAGUUGGUAUUAAUUGGUUACCACCUUUACUUGCUCCAAUAUCAUUAAAUAAUAAUGUCAUGACUGUACCAGUUAUUGAUGGUAUUGAUCAUAAAACAUUUGAAUAUCGUCCAGUUUAUCAAGAGGGACAUCUUUAUCGUGGUAUAUUUGAAUGGGGAAUGUUAUACAAAGAAAAUGAAUUACCAUUACGUGAAGCUAAAACACGUGAAUAUCAAAGUAUGCCAUAUAAAUCACCAACUCAUGCUGGUGGUUUAUUUGCAAUAAAUAGACAAUAUUUUUUAUCACUGGGUGGUUAUGAUGAGGGUCUAUUAGUAUGGGGUGGUGAAAAUUUUGAAUUGUCAUUUAAAAUAUGGCAAUGUGGUGGUACAAUAUUGUGGGUACCAUGUUCACAUGUUGGUCAUGUUUAUCGUGGUUUUAUGCCAUAUUCAUUUGGUGAUUUAGCUAAAGAAAAUAAGGGACCACUUAUUACAAUUAAUUAUAAACGUGUUAUUGAAACUUGGUUUGAUGAUAAACAUAAAGAAUUUUUUUAUACACGUGAACCACUUGCUCGUCUACUUGAUCAUGGUGAUAUUAGUCAACAAUUGUUAUUUAAAAAAAAUAAUAAAUGUCAAAAUUUUCAAUGGUUUAUGGAUAAUGUUGCAUAUGAUGUUAUUGAUAAAUUUCCUGAAUUACCACCAAAUAUACACUGGGGUGAAUUGAGAAGUGUUGCAACAUCAAAUUGUCUUGAUACAAUGGGACAUUCACCACCAAGUCUCAUGGCAACAUCUCAUUGUCAUGGUUUUGGUAAUAAUCAAUUAAUUAGAUUAAAUGCUAAAGGACAAUUGGCUAUUGGUGAACGUUGUGUUGAAGCUGAUAGUCAAGGUAUUAAACUAGCAUUUUGUCGUCUUGGUACAGUUGAUGGACCCUGGCAAUAUGAUGAAAAAAAUAGAACACUUAUACAUCGUGUACAUAAAAAAUGUAUGGCACUUCAUCCACAAACUCAUCAAUUAUCAUUGAUGCCAUGUGAUGUUAAUAAUAUUUAUCAACAAUGGUCAUUUCAUCAAAUACGUCCACGAUGGACAUGA